AUGAAGAUUCUUUGGGGGAUAUUUACCUGUUGUUGUCUUAAACUGUUUUUUUCUGGUGCCUUGUGUUCUUCCAGUUCCAGAGAUGAAGGGGGCUCUCAGCCAUUGCAGGUAUCAGAAGGACAGGCCUCUAAACCACUUCCAGUGUUGCUGUUUCCCCCAGAUGCAGAAAACAGCUACGUUCUGUUACCUCCUCUUUUCAAAGUGCUGGUUGGUCAUAAUCAUCCAGAAGGGAAUGACGGUGCCCCAGUACCACAACCGGACUCCAGAGCUCUGAGCUACAUGAAGAGGCUGUAUAAAAUGUUUGCAACCAAGGAAGGGAUCCCAAAGGCUAACAAAAGUCAUCUCUACAAUACAGUCCGGCUCUUCACUCCCCGUGCUGAGUGCAAGCACCCUUCUGACAGUCAAGUAAGAGGAGACCUUCGCUCAGUGGAUUUGCUUUUCAACUUAGAUUGUGUUACUGUUUUAGAGCACUUAUUCAAGUCAGUCUUGCUUUACUCACUGGAUAAGUCAGUUUCUAAAUCAUCAGCCAUUACAUGCACUUGCAAUCUAGUUGUCAAGGAAUAUGAUUCAUCUGAUCGAGUAUGCUCCAGUGUUCCACAUACAAUGACAGUUGAACUCAGACGGAGGUGGGUUGAGAUUGAUGUGACCUCUUUCCUCCAGCCACUGAUAGCCUCAAAUCAGAGAAGCAUUCAUAUUGCUGUAAAUUUUACUUGCCUGAAAGAUAAUGAGCCUCUUCACUCUAAAUGGGAUUUCUUUAAUACGGCUUUGGUAUCACCGUCUCUCCUUCUGUAUCUCAAUGAUACCAAUGAGCAAGCUUACCAUGGGAGGGAUAUGAAUCCUAUAUGGUCUGGGUUGAAAAACAGUCCUUUCAUGAGUCCCAGUGAAGAAACAGAGAAAGAACCCAUGAUGGUUAAAAGAGCAUCUCGUCACAGAAGAAAUGAAGAUUGGAAACAUACAUCUAUUCCACCAUACAAUUUAAGCCACUUCUAUCAACAGUUUCUGUUUCCCCAAAAUGAGUGUGAGCUUCAAAACUUUUGGCUGAAGUUCAGCCAGCUGAAAUGGGACCAAUGGAUAAUUGCACCACACAGAUACAAUCCUCAUUACUGCAAGGGUGAAUGUCCAAGAGUGGUUGGACAUCGCUAUGGUUCUCCUGUCCACACAAUGGUCCAGAACAUCAUAUAUGAAAAGCUGGAUUCUUCUGUCCCCAGACCAUCCUGUGUUCCUGCUGAAUACAGUCCCCUGAGUGUCUUGAAGUUAGAGAGUGACAGAUCAAUUGUCUACAAAGAAUAUGAAAAUAUGAUAGCUACCAAAUGCACUUGUCGCUAA